AUGGGCGAUACGACAUAUCCUCUGUUUCCGAUAUUCGCUUUCCUGGGUUUCGUCGUCGGCUUGAUACCCAUACCGUGGCAUUUGCAAGGAUGGAACGCAGGAACCUGCCUCUACAUGAUCUGGGUAUCUCUUGCAAGCCUCGUUGUCUUCGUAGAUUCCAUUGUCUGGAACGGUAGCGUCAGCGACCCCGCACCGAUCUGGUGCGACAUCUCAACGAAAUUCCUCAUCGGUGCAGGUGUGGGCAUCCCUGCAUCGUCUCUCUGCAUCAAUAGACGGCUCUACCGGAUAUCUUCAAUGACCACUGCGACGAUCACGCGAAAUGAGAAACGUCGCGCUGUUCUCGAAGACAUGGCAAUAGCGAUCGGUAUCCCGGUCCUUGUAAUGAUACUACAUGUCAUUGUGCAAGGCCACAGAUACAAUAUCUUUGAAGACGUUGGAUGCAUGCCAGAUAUUUGGAACACACCACCGGCAUAUCCCCUCGUCUUCAUGUGGCCAGUCGUUUUAGGCUGUGUAUCAUUUGUAUACGCUAGUCUGACCCUUCGAGCAUUCUGGCGGCGGCGAGCAGAAUUCAGCCAGCUGCUCUCAUCCAGCAGCGCCCUCACGAGGAGCCGGUAUUUCCGGUUGAUGCUACUCUGCUGUGUCGAGAUGGCGUGUACCAUUCCCCUAGGCGUCUUCAGCAUUGUCAUCAACAAUGGCGACGUGCCUGUCGCUCCUUACGUGUCCUGGGCGAACGCGCACUACGACUUCUCCUACGUAGGCAAGUUCCCUGCUCUCGCCUGGAUGUUCAGCCGUCCGUUUUAUAUCUCCGUGGAGAUGGGCCGUUGGAUAUACCCAUGCUCCGCAUUCCUGUUCUUCUCUCUCUUCGGAUUCGCCGAGGAAGCGCGGCGGAAUUACAAGCUCGCAUUCAGGGCUAUAGCGAAACGUCUGGGCUUCGAGCUGUCCUCAGGAAAGGCGAGGACGUCGCCGUUUAAGGCCUUCCGUUUAGGAAGUAACAAAGAAAGCCCAUCGCCCUCCGAGGAAACGUUGCCGCCCUACAGCCCUAGGAAAUCCAAGCGUCCGCAGCGACCAAGAUCCUUCUCAUCUUCCUUCCUUGACAGCGUCAUCGAGAUCGAUGUCGACUACGACAUAGAGAAAGCCGCUGAGUCUCUCAGCUCAACCACCGUCUACGGCACCGACAAGCCCGCCGACUCUCCUGCCGCUACAUCCGCCACCUUGUCCUUCCCCGAAUCCGCGAUGACCGCCACACCAAAGGCGCCGUCCGGGAGGUUCAAGUUCGCCGCCGCGCCUCCCCUAUCACCCGAGACGCCCUCCUAUCCCUUAACCGUGUCCACUGUCGUCCCGCGGUACCACAAACCGUUCGCUUCCAUCGGCGAUCCGGCCUCGCCUUCGACGAUAGCGGCGAAGAGCGCCGCAAUACAAGUCACGAUGCACCGGGAGGUGACCGAGGUCGCCGAGUCCUCUUGA